AUGGCGACGAAAUCUCUGCUCCAAAAAGGUAUCCGGAAAAAUAUCCGCUCAGGUUUUAGCACAAGGGUCUGGGAAGAUAACUGGAUCCCCACUAUACCAGCUAGGCCGACGAAGGAUAAUGGCAGAUCCAAAGAUCCAAAUCUUUACGUAAAUCACCUUAUUGAUUUCGAGACGAAAGAGUGGAAACAAGACAGGCUGCAUGAAUUAGUGGACCCCCAAGAUAUCACUCUGAUUUUAGGUUUAAAGCCAAAUAGGACAUUCAUGUUGGAUGACUAUGUCUGGGUACACACGAGAUCAGACCAAUAUACUAUGAAAUCGGGGUACUUAGUUGCUACAGAAGAGUCAUCACGGAGUCAGGAGGUAGUGGAGCCAAGUCUAACAAGGUUAAAGGGUCGGGUGUGGAAGCUUAAAGCGCCGAGGAAGAUCAAACAUUUCAUAUGGCAGGCGAUCUCUGGUUGUAUUGCUGCUUGCAGCUGGUUAGUUGAUCGUCAUUGUGGAACAGAUAGAACUUGCCCGAGAUGCGGUGCUGAUGAAGAGUCAAUAAACUACGUUCUGUUUGAAUGUCCACCGGCCCUUCAGGUAUGGGCACUAUCGCACAUCCCGACUUCUCCGGGGGCUUUCCCGUGUUCCUCUUUGUACUCAAACCUAGAUUUCCUCUUCUGGGGCGCAAAGGAUCAAAGCAUUAAAUCCUCCCUUUUGGACUCGUUUCCAUGGAUGUUAUGGUACAUCUGGAAGGCCAAGAAUAACAAGGUCUUUAAUAAUAAGGAUACGUUACCGCCGGACACGAGAGACAUUGCAUACUCUGAGAUAGUAAACUGGAAAGUAGCUCAGGAAAUGGGACGAGAGGAGAUAGAGAAGGAUGAGUCAGAGGAGUCUUUAGUGACGCAUACACAAGGAGGUGUUCCCGUGUGCCGCUUUGAUGCUUCCUGGAAGUAUACUGAUGGUACAGCGGGGCUGGGUUUUGAGUUGCAGGGAGCUUCGCAAACGGUAUACGGCACCAAGGGACUCACACGACAACUUACCCCUCUUCACGCAGAGCUAGAAGGUCUGCUUUGGGCGAUGGAAAUGAUGCUUUUAAGCGGUUAUAAUAAAGUGAGGUUCGAAACAGAUUGCUCAAGCAUUCCUAAGAUACUUGCUGAGAUGGAAGACUGGCCAGUGUUUAUUACGGAGUUGGAAAACUUCACUAGGUUGAGAGAGAAUUUCUCUGUUUUUUCGAUUUCAUUUAUUGCUAGAACAAACAAUGUCUGUGCCGAUUGUCUCGCCAAGAGCGCUCGAGUACGUGGUAACUUUUUUUCCCAUGUAAGCUCGCAGAUUCCGGAGUGGUUGGCUCAGGAGGCUAACCUAUUCGAUUUUAAGCAUGGGAAAUAG